UUGUUUCUCUCUUUCGCUGGAACAUAACGGACGUGUCGUCGCGUCGUCCUCUUCGUCGCGCGCGUGUGUGUGUUGUGUCUGUGUGUACUGAAAUAUUUUGGGGUCGCAGCAAAUCGGAGAAAAAUUCUUAAUUAUACAACUACAAUACUCGUGUUUGUUCUCGCAGCAAAUCGAAGUAAGGCAAAGGAAGAAUACGAAAAGUUUGCUGAAUUACGUGAGUAGCUGCGCUUGACAACGAAAAUAAUAUUUACUAAAUGAAAAAUACAACAAAAGUUAAUUAUAUUGCUUAAUCAGUGAACUGCGGUUUCAAUCGUCUUCGUCUUCCCCUUCUCUGCAUUUUCUUAACCGGAAUGCCAGCAACAUAAACCAAAAUUUACAACACAACAACGAAUGGAAUAAUAUAAAAUAAAAGAACUUUUAAGAGAGCGUUGAGCGUGCGAGAGAGAGAGGCGUCGGCUAACGGCUUAUCAAUUGGCAAAGCGCGAGGAAAAAGAAGGCGUGAAAGAGGAGGAAAAAGAAGCAGAGCGCUGAGUGCGCGAAAUACUCAAACUAAAAAAAAACACACUUAAAACUGUACAUAAUCCCAAUAAAAAGGCGUGUGUGUUGUAAAAGCAUUAAAAAACAGCAAAUUCCAUUAAAACACUUGCCAAAAACCAAAAACAAAAAAGUGGGCCGAGGCGCGUGCAAUAUGCGCAACGGUAUUCGGGAGCGAGCGCGUGCCAAGGAACGCACUGAAUCGCAUCGGAACGGUGGGAAUCAAUAAUGCAACUGCAACAACAGCAACGGCGGCUGGAAGAAUUCGAAAAGGAAACAGAAAUUGUUGGGAGAAAGGAAAACAUUUGGAAAAUGUUGUUCCCGAAAACUGAAGAAAAUGCAUCGUUUUCUUAACAUCCAGCAAAAUAACAAACUACGCAACUAUCAUCAGUUACUUUUGUAUUUUGUGGCUGCUGCUGGAGGAAGAGCGGAAGUGAGAGGCAGAAGGAGAGGAAACGGAACCGGCAAGAGUAGCGUUCGCAACGGAAGAACGCAGAAGAGGAAGCAGAGAAGCAGCAGCAGCAGAAGUUACUCUUACGUUAAAAACAAACGCAACGUAACGUAACGCAACGCAACGUUAAGAGAGACAGAAAGAGAGAGAGAGAGUAGUUGAAGCAUAAUAUUAUUCUAUUAGCCCAAUAAAUUAACCCAACGCUGCCACUGUUCCUAAGACAUCAAUAACCAGAAGAAGAAGAAGAAGAAACAAUUUAAGAUAAACGUAGAUCAUAGACGUAACCGUAAACCGUAACGCAAACGCCUCUACACAAGAUACACUACAAGAAACACAAAUCCUAUGCCAAUUUUUGAUCAUCAAAUCGUUUAGCACCUAUCAUAGACUCAUCCCCAUAAACGUCACAUCAAUAGUCAAAAUCUCAAACGACACACAAGCAAAAUAUUAACUAAAGCAACGGAAAUUAAACGUUGUUUUAAAGUCCAAAACCAUAACUCUCCACAAAUACAAAGAAAAGAAAGAAAAGGAACCACACCGAUCUCGCCCCUUUGCCACGCACACCAAAAACAGCAAUAUUAACAUCAAUAGACAAAAAUAAAAAAAAAAAGGAGGCUGGCUAAGGAAAGCGGACAAAAAUAUGGCCACACCCCAAGUCAAGGACUUGGUGUUGCGCUCGCCCGCUGGCUCCUCCGAUGUCAUAUCCUUCGCCUGGCCCCUGCAGAUCGGACACGGACAGGAUAAGCACGACAAUGGCAUCGAUAUCAUCGAUACCAUCAAGUUCGUCUGCGAUGAGCUGCCAUCGAUGUCAUCGGCCUUUGAGGAGACCAAUCUCCACCAAAUUGACACUGCCUGCUAUAAGACUAUGACCGGCCUGGUCGAUCGCUUUAACAAGGCCGUCGACAGCAUCGUUGCAUUGGAAAAAGGAACUUCACUGCCCGCCGAGCGCCUGAACAAGUUCGCUCACCCUAGCCUUCUAAGACACAUUUUGCAAUUAGUUUACAAUGCCGCCGUACUCGAUCCGGAUAAACUCAACCAGUACGAGCCCUUUUCGCCGGAGGUAUACGGCGAGACGAGCUAUGAGCUGGUACAGCAGAUGCUUAAGCAUGUCACCGUUAGCAAAGAGGACACAUUCAUCGAUCUCGGCUCCGGAGUGGGCCAGGUUGUACUCCAGAUGGCUGGAUCCUUUCCCCUGAAAACCUGCAUCGGCAUCGAGAAGGCGGAUACUCCGGCUCGUUAUGCGGAACGCAUGGAUGUGUUCUUUCGCCAGUAUAUGGGAUGGUUUGGCAAGCGGUUCUGCGAGUACAAGCUGAUCAAAGGCGAUUUCCUGGUCGAUGAGCAUCGCGAGAAGAUUACCUCAUCGACGCUGGUUUUUGUUAAUAACUUUGCCUUUGGCCCGACAGUGGACCAUCAGCUAAAAGAACGGUUUGCGGAUCUUCGCGAUGGAGCGAGGGUCGUGUCCUCCAAGUCGUUCUGUCCCCUGAACUUUCGGAUAACGGACAGAAACCUCAGCGACAUUGGAACCAUUAUGCACGUCAGUGAGAUUCCGCCCCUGAAGGGCUCAGUUUCCUGGACCUGCAAGCCCGUUUCGUAUUAUCUGCAUGUGAUCGAUCGCACCAUAUUGGAGCGAUACUUUCAGCGCCUGAAAACGAAAGGCGGCAACGAUCACGAGAGCGUGGGAUCAGUUCGCACCACCCGUGAUCGCGCCAAGCGAGAGGCGACCGUUGGCCAGCACCAUCACAACAACCACCAUAACAACAGCAACAAUCACUCUAACAACAACAACAGCCAUCAGCGUGAGCGGGAGCAGUCGAACGGAUCUGCCGCUACUGCCGCCCACCAGCAGCGCCAUCAAUCCCAGUCGCCGGCCAAUGUCAGCGGUGGGGGACUAGCAGCUGCCAGUGGGCAACAAGCUGCCUCGAAGACACGCCAGCAACAACACCAGCAGCAUCAGCAGCAGCAGCGCAGCCUGGACAUGGAAAGCAGCACGGAGAGCGAUGGGGAGGCAACGAAUGGGAAUGGUGGCAACACCACCACGGCCACCAAUACCACCUCCUCGAAUGGACCGAUGACCAGGAAGGUGUGGUCCGACUGGUGCAGUUCCAAGGGCAAAAGUUCUCAGUCUGAUGACGAGGAAAACAAUAACUCGAACAGCAAUGGUGGCAGCAAUGGAGGAGGAAUGGGUGGAGGAGCUGUUGGCCGCCAGGCUCGAGCAACCACCCAGAAGAAGCGUAAGAAGUUGACUAGGAAAGCUGCGAUAGCCAGCAAGUCUGCUGCAGCUGCACAAAGAGAAGCGGAGGCGGCAGCAGCGGCGGCGGCUGCGGUGGCAAGCAAGGACUCCAGCUCUAAGGAGGAUCAACCAAGGGCAGCAAGCGCUGGUCCAGGUCGCAAAGGGCGCAUGAAGAAGGGAGCACGGGGCCGAAAAUCCCUGAAGAUUGUUGGCCUGGAAGCACUGCACAAGCAAACGGUGCUAAGUACCUCCCUGGAUACGAUGGCCAAGAAGCUGCCAGCAGCUCCUGGAACUGUGGAUCAACAGUUAACAGCUCUGCUGACGGAAAACAUGGCGCAUACGGAGUUGGAUAUUCCAGCGGCGCCACAGGAUACGCCUUAUGCCCUGCAAAUCCUCCUGGAUGUAUUCCGUUCGCAGUACACGACGAUGAUUGAGCACAUGAAGUCCAGUGCCUACGUUCCCCAGGUUCAGAAGCAGAUUGCCCAAGAGCAGGAGCGGAUGGCCAGGCUAAAGAACCGUGCCAGUCAGUUGGACAAGCAGAUUAAAGUCCUGAUCGACGAUAGUGUUGCUCUGCUUAAAGUGCGAAUGAACGAGCUGGGUAUCCAUGUGAAUUCACCCAACGAUUUGAUCGCCCAGGCCAAGGAGAUCGUGGGUAGGCAUAAGGAUCUGCAGCAUACUGCCAGCAGGAUGCGGAACGAAGUUACCUUCUACGAGGGUGAGCAGAAGCUGCUCCUUAACAAGCAGUUGAAGAACCUUUCCGAAUAUCAAAAACUUUGCGGAACGGUUAACGGAAAGGUGAAGUUGGAGGUGCCGCCGGAACUUUCGGAGACCACGGCCCAGGAACUGGUGUUAAAGGAGAUUGCCAAUACGCUGAGCCAACGCAAGAAACUUUACGCCCAGGUGUCCACCAUCGAGCAGGAGACCACGGUGCUUCAGAAGACAGCGGAGGAACGAACAACCGCAGCGACGCUUUUGGCGCAAGGAACGAACAUGAUUGUCUCUACUGGAUUAUCAUCUUCUGCAUCCUCCUCCUCGUCUACCACCACCACAGUAACAACGAAUUCGGUGCCCUUGCAAAACAAUAAGUUGAACUCCGCAAAGAACUCUCGGCGCAGUCGGGAACACCGUGCUCGUUCGCAGGAGUGGCCAGAGGUUCCCGAGGUAGGCAAGAUCCAGGAAAGCAAUCCAGAAGUGCUGGCACAGAAAAUCGUAGAGACCUGCCGCCAAAUUGAAGCUGGCAAGUUCCAAGGAGCAGCUGCGCCUACUUACCAAGUGAAUGGCAAGAAUAAAGCCACUUUGGAGCCACCACCAGCGCCUCAGACAGUUGCUCCAGUCAACAUAAAGUCCUCUCCUGGCCACCACUUCAAAGAUAGCACGCUGAUGCCAGCACCCAAACAACAACAGCAGCAACAAGUUACGCUUUCCCAGCUUCCCAAGUGCGAGUUACCCGGGCUAUCGGCCAGUCGAAAGCAGGAAUCCCCCAAGGUUGCCAACUUUGAGGAUCGUUUGAAGAGCAUCAUCACCACGGCCUUGAACGAGGAUCAGGAGCAGCGCAGUAAGGCAGUGGAUCCGACGCCAUCUCCCUCUCCUCUUCACAGUCCGGCGCCUAAGCGAUCAAAGCAGCAACAGGCUGGAGCCAUGAACCCCGCCCAAUCGCUGCCCAAUAAUCUGCACAACAUCAUCACCGUGUCCACGCAGGGCUUGAUGCAUCUGAACGCCAAUACGACUAUAUCUCCAAUAACACCACCACUGCCGGGACCAGGAGCCGGGGCUACUGCUUCCACGGCGCCGCCCCCGCCAGCCAAUCUUCCAUAUGGAGCCUACGGCGGAUCAGUGGGCAAGGUCACGGGUUCGAACAAGUACCAAGCAGCUAAGGAACCGAAGUAUUCGCCGGUCAGACAGGCACCACCACCACCGCCGCCUCCUCCCUCUCACAUGGCUGCUUUGUAUGCAGCUGGACAGCAGACAGCUCCGACGGAUCUGGGUUACCAGAGGCGACGCAGCUCCGUUAGCGCAACUAGUUAUGAACACUACAUGGUGCAGCAGCAGCAGCAACUCCAGCAACAGCAGCUCAUGCUGGCAGCAGCCGCUCAUGCCGCACAGCGUCAGCAGAUGCGAGUGGAGGAGCAACAACAACAGCAUCAUCACCAGCAGCAACACCAUCAGCAACAUCGUCUGCCGCAGCACGUUUCGCAUCAACAUCCGCUUCAUCCCAAUGAGUUCAAGGCCCCUCCGGCCGAUAAUCAUCUCCAGCGUUCUGGUAGCCGAGAGCAAUUAAUAGUGGAGCCGCAGCAGCAGCCACUGGAGCUGUUGCCUCGAGCAAGUUCCGCCAACUCGGAUUACGGUGGAUAUCGCAUCCGUCCGCCUAGUAGGCCAAGCUCAAACUCCUCUCAGCCAGACUACACGCAGGUUUCACCGGCCAAGAUGGCCCUGCGUCGUCAUCUGUCGCAGGAGAAGCUCAGUCAGCAUGUGACGCCGCAGGCCACGCCCCCGCUUCCAGGUCAUGGAGGAGCUCCCACUUCGGGCAAGACCAUUGGCGAUUUGGUCAACGGGGAGAUCGAGCGAACUCUGGAGAUCUCGCAUCAGAGCAUCAUCAAUGCAGCAGUGAACAUGAGCACCAGUGGCGCCAACUUCAUGGAGCGGGCUUUCCUCAACGAGCGAUCCAACGAUCGUCUGCUGAUCAACUUAAAUGCCCAGCGACCAGAAAGAGUUCAUGUGCGACCGUUGUCCGAGGAAUCCCAGGAACCGCAUCCCACAAGUUAUGCUCAGGAGAGAGGACCUGGAGGAGUUCCAGGUGGAGCAGCAGCAGGAGGCAACAGCAAUCUGGCCACUUUGGCCCAUGUGGCGUACGUGCAGAAGGCACAGGGUAAUGCUCGAGCCAACGCAGGAACAGCUCCGCCAACAACCCACUCAGCUGCUGCUCGCUCUGCGCGGGAUUAUCAGCCGGUGGCCUUGCCAAGAGCGGAACUGAAGGGCAGCAUCGAAGCCUAUUUCCACGAGGAGCAGCAGCAGAAACAGUCCAAGGGCGCAGGACCGGCAGGAGCAGCAUCCCUGCGGGGACCGCGUCUCAAUGGUGCCAAUCCUCCACUUGAAGGUCUAGCUGCCUCUCUGCAAGAUCAUGUGCGUGCCAGGAAGUAUAAAGAAGAGACUGAGGAGCGUCAAAGACGCGCAGCAGCCGCCGCAUCCUCCUCUUCAACGGGAGUGCCGCCUCCUAGCCUGGACAUGGCAGCGCACUAUGCUCACCAGGCGCCGCCAGCACACAGCUACCAUCACCAUGGUGCAAGCCUCAAUGGGACACCGCACAAAGUCGAACUGGGAAUAAAACGCAGCUCCCCGCUGGCGCCACAUCAACAGCCGCCGCGUCCCUCGAAACUGGCCCACUACGAGCCGCCACCGACGCAGCAGCAACAGCACCAUGCCCACCUGUAUGCCAACGGGCAAGUGCUGCCGCCACCUCCAGCUCACGACGCCACCACGCCCUCUCCAACGCCCUCGUCAUCCUCAUCGUCAUGUGGUCGUCGCAGCAACAGUAACAAUGGGAAAUUGCUGGUGGAUCCACCAUUGCUUAUGAGUCCCGAGAUUAAUUCCCUGUUGGGCGAUGAGCGACCUUUGCAGCUGGCGCACCUUCCACAGCAGCAGCAGCAACUGCUGCACCACCAUCAGGCGCAACAACAGCAACAGCAGCAGCAGCAACAACAUCUGCAGCUGACCCAGCAGCAACUGAGAGUGCCGCACCUUGGACAUGGCCUGGGCCACGGACAUGGACACGGCCAUAGUCACAGCACCACGCCCACUCUGGGCGGACAGCGCAAUGCCAAUGCAGCCGACGAUGAUGAUGUCAUAGCCGCCGAUGAUGAAACUCACUGGCAGCAUCGGGUCAGCUCUGGUUUCGACCGCCUGGUGGCCUUCGCCAGCACUGAACUGGACAAAACCAGACGAAGCAUUGAUGGCGACACGGUUCCGGCCUCAAUCAGUUGCAACACAUCGCCAGAUUCGGGUAUUACACACAGCAGCAGCAACUCAGAUGCGGCGCGCACGUUCUUGUCAACUUCGUCUAGCUCCUCGCAACUGGAACUGCCCAUUGGAAGCGGUGGAAGCAGCACCAACAGUCUGUAUAACCAUCAUGCCCAGCAUAAUAACAUCGGAGGCAGUGGAGUUGGCAGCAACCACCUUCAGCAGCAACAGCAACAGUUGCAGGCUCAGCACCAACAGCAUCACAUUUCAGAUCACCUGAGUGAUAGUAGCAUCAAGUCCUCUGCCUCAUCCUCACUGCAUGCUGGUAGCUCCCUAAAAACUGUUUCGCCUGUGGAUCCCAGUGCCAUCGAGUCGCCACCGUUGUCCGAUGUUGGAUUGCCCAGAACUCCCAGUCCCAGUGCUGCCAGUGUAGCCACUCCACCUUUGGCCAGUGGACCACCUCUGGCCGGGGAAUUGGGCGGAAUACCGCUUAAGUAUCAGCGCAAGUCGAAGAGCAGUUCGGAGAAGCAUUACAAGAAGAAAUUCUGCGAAAGGAACUGGGAGUACGACUGCGAUGAGUUGCUGGCCUACUCCAACUCCAGUGCAGCACCCAUGGCCGCUGAUGCGGCGGGCAAUGGACCUGCUACCUUGGAUGCUGUUAAUAAUGUAGUUGCAGUGGUGGCACCACUCCUGGGAAAAUCUGGAAAGUCACCGAAGGAGAAAUCAUCACCACACCACAGCGGCAACAACCAUCAACAGCAGCAGCACCAUCACAAAUCGUCCAAAUUCCGGCCAAAGGGCAAGGAUUGGGACUGGUCGCUGGAUAGUCGGAGCCAAACGGGCGAUCUGAUGCCCCCCAAUAACAACAUGAGCAUUAACAACAACUCAACCACCACAACGAGUAAUUAAUUUAGUAAACUAAUUUAGUUCAAUUUGCUGAAUGGAACGGAGAGAUAACCAGAAAAGUAUGCAAUGCUUUGAUGCUUUUUAGCCAGAUUAUUUGUAAAAGGAUCGCGCAAUGUGGAUCGGAUCCUGUGAAUGAAUUAUAAUAUGUAUUUAAUGAGGAUUUUUGUAAUUUUAACUAAAUGAAUUGUAUAUGCUUAGAUAACUUAUUGUACAGCCCAGCUCUCCAAUUGCCUUGUUUUACUUGAUUAUUGCUAUCCAACUCUUUUUACACCAGUGUGUUUUUAUUUCAAUGAUAAUUCUAAUUCUAAUUAGAUUAGGCAUGUUUUUCGUAUUUUUUUAUAAGGUUGAACCCGGAUACAAACACCCAACUGCUGAUGAACAAUGUUACUGACUUCUUUGUACCGAUUACCAAUUAUUAUGAUUAUUGUAUUUAAUUUGAUUUAUUGUUUAACUACGUUUCUCCAUAAGUUGUGUGUUUUGUCUUUAUUAUUUUGAAAUAAAAUUGUAAACUAAUUAAAA